GGGCAGAGGAGCGGGAGCGCGCGGAGAGAUUUCCGCGCUGGCAUGACGACUGUUGCGUUGGGAGCGCGCCCGGGGGAGGGAGCGCCGUUCCAGCUCGUGCACUGAGAGAUGGACCGCAGAGUGAGCAUCAGACGCGCCACAUCAGCCGGUUACCGCCUACCGGAGCGCCCCAGCGUCCCCCUGGCCUCGCAGUCCUCGGUGUCUGUGAAGAGAGCUCCGCCGAGGAGCACGAGCGAGCCACAGCCGGACCCCGGGCGGGACCCGGACACCCGGAACCCGGUGCAGCAGGACCGCGUCUGGAGGGAGCUCGCGCGCGCGGAGAGAGAAGGGCUUAAGGAAUGGGAGAAGAACUGGAGUUUUCUGAAAGACUUCGAUCAGCUGGGUCAUCCCAGGACGGAGGCGCCGCUCCCCAGCUACGUCUCUGUGUACUCCGACACGCUCCCCAACACAAGCAACCAGACGUUCGGCAGCCGCAUUUGCACGGAACUCGGUAAAGAGCUGAUGCGAAUGGACAAGCUGCUCAUGCUAACGACGAGGCACCAAAAGACUAAACCGAGUCCCGACAUGCAGCCCUGCUGACGACAGGUCUCGAUCCGCACAAGAGGUCUGAGAAAACACAGAGUUAGAAGCUGCUUUAUUUAUUAACAAUACAAAAAUAAUAAUUAUGUCAGUUACAAAAAAAAAUGAUGUGUUAUUGAAGAUGAUGUAAUGAAUUAUCACAGUUCACACUAAAUACUGUCCAUGGAUGCUACAGGUGCACUUAGCAUCUCUGAAAGUGCCUGUUUAAUGCUACAUCGCUUAAGUAAGGACCGUUUACAGCUUCUACAAAAACCAAGUAAUAACAGGAACUAGCUUACAUUGUUGCAUUGUUCUUUAACUUAUAUCCAUUAAAUCCUUCAUAAAGUGCUGUUGUAUAAAAAGACAAUGCUUUAAAUGCUACUAUACUCUUUCCUUUUUUCUAGCAAGAAAACCAAGCAUAAAGAUAUGCAGGUAAUAGUCGUCAUACUGUAUGCUGCCUAAUAACAUCUGGCCAAAACAUAUGAUUAUUUUUAAUAUUAAUAUUAUAAGAUUUAAUUUGGUAGUUGUCCACAAAAAUCAAAACAGCUAAUUACAAAGCUAAGCAAUUACAAGCACUGCAUACUGUACAUGUUAAAAUCAUGUUUACAUUACAUUUAUAAAGAUAAAUCGCAUGUUUUUGCCAGGUAUAUUAUAAUUAGGUCUUGCAGUGUGGCUCCAGUGCCAAGUUUUUUCAAACUCAGCAGCUAUGGUGCUAUCGUUUUGUUAGUUUCCAUCGAGGCUCCUAAACAGUUUUUAGGUGAGUAAGGACUCCACGGUUCCUGGGCUCUGAUCCGUUCUGUGUAUUACAUUCUAGGAGCUGUGACUGAUUUUUAAAUUAUUUUUUUUUACAUGACGCAAUUACAUCAAAUCAAAGUAUAACCUUUAUGUAAAAUAGCUUUACGGCGAUAUAUUUCUCACUACAACGAAAGCUAACAUGACAGAAAAAUAAAGCUAGUUCAGUUAUGUCCUGAUAAACGCAGCCUUCCACUGAACCAAGUCACAGCAGUCUCAAACCAAACUAUGAAUUCUGUUCAAUUAAUGUUAAUCUUAAUUUUUACAUCAUAAUGAUACACACUGUCCCGGCAACAUGCUGUCCCGAAUCAGAUCAAUUCAGUGAAAAUGAUGCAGGUAUGAAGAAUCACCCAUCAUAGCAUGCAGCGCCAUCUACAGUAGGUUGCACCAUUUACCAAAUUCUCCUUGCACAACAUUACUGAUGUACCUGUUUUAAAGAAAAGUUUUUUUUACGUUGGUUAUUCUGCAAAGGUUGUGUUUCACCCAACAGUACAGCAGACUCCGCCCCUUUAGUAGCUAGGACACCAAAAACAUACAAACUCCAGAGCAGAAGCUAAAGUCAUCUUUAAAACUAAAAUUCCUGCCGUGGAAUGCAUAACCAAAGGCUUUAUAAUGAUGAGCAGUACUACAUGCAUAUGUCAUGUUCAUGUGUUUUUGGAAUAUCACAUAUAAACAUUUGUGUUUUAAUUUUAAAGAAAAAGUUCUUACACAAGGUUUGUUGUAAUAUUGUAUUUGUAAAACAUACUGUUCAAUAGACUGACUCAGCCACAUCGACAAUGACAAUAAGGUUAAAUAAUCUUAUUUGUAAUCGCACCUGCUCUUCCUGACUUAUCAUACUUGGGGUGUUUAAGUCAAACCAGGACUUGUGAUAAAAUUUUUUGAUUGAAAGCGAUUGGCAUUUACAAAGCACUUCAAGCGCAGUACAGUGACCAGACAGUGAUCAGUAAAACAUGCAAACGUUUUAAAGAAGGCUGCACGUCCAUGAAUGAUGUACCUUAAAAAUUGAUGUCAGUAACUUGUAACUCUAACUGUAAACACAAUCAUUCACCAACACCACUUGUACAUUACAGAAACUCAACUGGGAGUUAUUGCCACAUCUCCAUACAGUCCUGAUCUCCUUCCAAGCCAUUUUCACAUGUUUGGGCCAUUAAAGGAGUUCCUGGGAGGUCGUCGUUUCAGACAUAAAGCAUCCUGUCCGAUCAUGGCUCUGGAGAACUUUCUACCUUGAUGGUGUCCAAGCACUAGUGAAAGACUUGGAUUAGUGCAUUAGUAUAGCAGGGCAUUAUAUAAAGAAAUAAAGGAAGUUUUUACUCAUGUAACUGUUUUCUGUUAUUCUGCACAAUCAAAACUCCCGCUUUGACUUGAACACCUCUUGUAGCUAACAGGUUGGACCUUGUUUUUUUUUUUUUUCUUGGUUGUUCUGAAUGUUGUUGAAUGUGUGGGAGUUUAUAUCAGCGGCAUGUCGAAGCUUUGAGAGAGAAACAGAGCGUGGGUGACGGAGGUGGGAUCACAUGGAGCGUCUGGCAUGUUCGUGUCUAAUGUCUUCCAUUGAAAUGGUCCUGAUGCCUGCUCUGAUUUUGCUUUGACUCAUCACCCACUGACUCAUGCCUCGACAAAAACAGGUGCACUGAGGAUUAAUCAGAAUAUGAUAAAACCCACGCUCACAUCUGUUUCUUAGUCUGUAAUUUAGGACAGACUAAAAAACUGUAGAGCAGGUUCUGUAAAAUUUGGAUAGAGAUUUGUUGUAGUUUUCUUUUAAAUCUCAAUAAACGAUCUGACC